AUGAGGUUCCACCUCACUUCGCUUGUGAGCUCGGCGCUCGCAGUCUUCACGGUUGCCCAAAGCUUGUGUAAUUCGACAACGAUAGGCGAUCAAGCAUUUCCUUCGUUGUUGGAUGUUACACUCGAGGAGCUGGCCAUCGGUCUAGAGUCGAGACUAUUCACGAGCGUCGACCUAGUUCAUGCGUAUACUGCCCGUAUCGAUGAAGUCAACAGCACGGUCCGAGCAGUCACUCAGUUGAAUCCAGACGCGCUCGCCAUCGCGGAACAGCUCGAUGCCGAACGUGCGAAUGGUACGACGCGUGGCCCAUUGCAUGGCAUCCCGAUCCUUAUCAAGAACAACAUCGGCACUUUCGACGCCAUGGACAACACCGCUGGAUCUUACGCUCUCGCUGGCGCUCGUGUGCCCCGUGACAGCACCAUGGUGGCUAAACUUCGACAAGCCGGAGCCGUGAUCCUAGGCAAAGCCAACCUGUCCCAAUGGGCUAAUUUUCGCUCUGACAACUCGUCCAGCGGCUGGUCGGCAAUCGGGGGGCAGGUGCUGGGCGCCUACUUCCCCGACCAAGAUCCAAGCGGAAGUAGCAGUGGCAGCGGCGUCUCCUCCUCGCUUGGACUUGCCCUUGCUUCCCUGGGUUCCGAGACUGACGGUAGCAUUAUCUCACCGGCCGACGCCAACAAUUUGGUCGGCAUCAAGCCAACCGUGGGACUGACCUCACGCGAUCUGGUGAUACCUAUCUCCUCACACCAGGAUACGGUUGGCCCCUUGGCUCGGUCUGUCAAAGAUGCGGCUUACCUGCUCAAUGCCAUUGCUGGCUACAGUCCUUACGACAAUUACACCUCGGCAAUUCCCUUCCCAGACUACACUAUUCCGGAUUACGUGGCAGCGUGCAACUUCAGCGCUCUACGAGGUGCUCGAAUUGGUAUCCCGCGCAAUGUCUUCGACACACCGUCGAUCCGCAACUCCAGCUAUGCCCCAAUCAUUUCCAGCUUUGAUGACUACGCCUUACCUAUACUGCGCGCCGCCGGCGCAACCAUUGUCGACAACACCAGUUGGCCUGGGUAUGACAUCGAGCCUGCAAACCGCACCUCGGUAGUGCUGGAGGGUGACUUCAUCGCAGACCUCGCCGCUUACGUCGCCCAACUGACCGUAAAUCCGAACAACAUCACAUCUCUCGCCGACGUGCGCCGCUUCACACAAUCAUUUCCACUCGAGGAUUACCCUGAUCGCGACACAGGCGUGUGGGACCAAGCACUCGAUUAUUUCGGUGGACAGGACAAUACCUCUCCUGAGUUCUGGGGCAACUACACCCUCGGCCUGGAGCUGGCGGGCCCUCAGGGUAUCACAGGUGCACUGGCAAACUACUCGCUGGACGCAUUGGUGCUUCCAACCUAUUUUGCCAGCCAUUUCCCCGCUAUUCUGGGUAGUCCUGUCAUCAGCGUGCCAAUGGGCAGUUACCCAGCUGGGAGUGAGGUAACGCAGAACAGCCGCGGGGAUCUGAACCAAACGGGGCCCGGUAUCCCAUUCGGGCUGGCCUUUGUAGCCGGCCGUUGGAGUGAGGAGAAGCUGGUCGGCCUGGCGUAUGCCUUUGAGCAGCGCACAAUGAUGCAGCAGAAAGUGAGACCGCUGGAGGCAUUAACGCCUACGGCGGAGAUAGCGGAUUUCGCUGGUCAAUGA